CGAAAUACAUGGUUUUUAUCCAUCCAGAGCUCGUUCUCGAAGAGAAAAGAAGACCCAGUGACGCAGCAAGAAUUCCAAUUCCCACCUAGAGAUUGAGAGAGAGAGAGAGGAGAGAGUGAGUGAUGGGAGCGAUAACAAGCGCAGUGAUAGCAAUAGCGGGGGUGGUGCUGGGGUGGAUCGCCAUAGAGAUCGCCUGCAAGCCAUGCCUGGAACAGGGCCGUGACGCCAUUGACCGCUCCCUCAAUCCCGACUACGACCCUGACGAUGCCGACAACAUUCGUGCCCCUCUCAACCCUAACCCCACCUCAGAUCUCGAAGAACCAUCUCGCGAUCCACGGCCCGCUAUUGUUGCUCCUUCUUCUUGCUCCGAUCCUAUCAAGGCUGUCUGAUAACAUGCACCUCCGAUUCAUCACAUCUUUCAUUCCCCCCCUGCUUUUCUCUGGUAUUUCCCAAAACCGCGAUCGUACAAGUUUAUAUCGACUUUUCGGGCUUCUCUCUGUCGCUGUCUCUCUCUCUCUUUUUUUUUUUUCUCCCCAAUUUUUCGGUGGAAAAAAGGAAAUGGAAAAGGAAUGAAAUGACCGAGGUUUUCUUGGAUUCUUCUGUGUAUCUGUGUCUUUCUAAAGGUUUUUUUGGGGUGAGAUUGGAAUGUUGGUUUGACUGACACGGAUCUGUGUGUUUGAUUAUUGUAAUUUGAAUCGCGGAUUAUUAAUAUACAGAUUUGCAUUGUUCUGGAAA